CGAUACUCGGCUGGUCACUUCGGUGACGACGAUAUAUAAAGGCGAUAGAGAAGUCGAGAAUUGGCUUGCAUUUUGUUGCGAGCCCACAGAUUCUCUUCGGUCAUUUUGCUAUGUGAAGUGAGAUUGGUGUGAUCGGAAAAGCACGUCCGCGUUCGCCUAGCAAGGAAAAUUCCCCCAAACUCACAGGCUCAAGAGAUUCUGUUGGUGCUCAGCGGGAUUUACGCUCCGUGGAAAAGAUGGCUUUGAGUCUGACAUCUGUGCUCAAAUUGUAUAACACAGUGAUCGACGACGUGAUCAGCGGCGUGCGAGAUGCUUUCCUGGACGAGGGUGUGGAUGAACAGGUUCUUCAGGAGCUGAAGCAGAUCUGGACGAAUAAGUUGCUAGCGAGUCGUGCUGUGGAACUCGUGCCGGAUAAUCCUGAUCCGCAGCCGCCGCCGAAUGUGGCGAAUUCCGCAAAGUCCGGCUCGAGUUCGAAGUCGAAUCACAAGAAUAUGCAGUCAAAUGGGACAAAGAGCAAGGCUUCCAGGCCGUCUCAGCAGCAGCAGUUGACGCAAGUGAAGGAGGAGAACGGCAGUCCGCCGGCGACGACACUCAGCCAGACUUUUGUCACCCAGAACGGCGGUGCUCCUCAGAAGGCUCCCGUUGCGCCAACUACCACAGCAGCUGCGACGUCACAGCCACAGCAGACGACCACUUCCGUUGUGGCUGGCCUGGAUCCUAACAAGCUCAUCCCUGUGCAGAUCACACUGCCCGCGCAGGCGGGCGUGGCCAAUUCUGAGCCGCGUGUGCUCACGAUUCACAUGCCGGCGUCGGCUCUGCAGGAGAAUCAGCUGCACCAGAUGCUGAACGGGCCCAUAAUUUCAUCCAUCAUGAGCCUCCCGCCUCCGAUUGCGUCGUCUGUGCUGCAGCAGCACGUGAACUCCACACUUCAAAACCAAUUGGGCACGAUAUCGAUACAGAAGCAACUGGACGGAGCGGCGGACACUUCGGACGAGGACGGAACCGAUGUGAGCGAUGAUGACAACAUCGAUGGUGAUGACGACGAUCCGGACAAUGAUCCGGAUGACGCUGAUGGCGAAGGUGGCGCCGAGGAAGAGCCUCUCAACAGUGAAGAUGAUGUCACAGACGAAGAUGCAGCAGAUCUGUUCGAUACUGACAACGUUGUCGUGUGUCAGUAUGAUAAGAUCACGAGGUCGAGAAACAAGUGGAAGUUUUAUCUGAAGGACGGUAUUAUGAAUAUCGGUGGCAAGGAUUAUGUUUUCCAGAAGUCCAACGGAGAUGCUGAGUGGUAAAGAAGCGCAUUGUGCAAAUUUCCGUGCUCAUUUCUUUCUCUUUUCAAAACUAUUACCAAUUGAGAGCACUUUGACCGUGAAGUGAGUGAGGAAGGAGAGUUGUUUAUCAUCUUGAAAGAAAUGUGAAUAGAAUUUUCCUUUAGUGUAUUUUUUUUUUUGUUUUUGACAUAAGCGUUUUCCUGUUUUAUUAUUAUUAAUUUAGUUGUGGAGCAGCAAAGGCAAAAUGUUUUCUAUGAAACAACAAAUUUACGUGUUAUUCUUUAAGGAAUUAUACCAAUAUAAUAUAAUCUAGAGAUAAUUGAGAAUGAUUACGCAAACACGACCGAUGAACAAUGUUUUCAAAUCAGCACAAGAUUGCAAUCAUAUUACUGAAGAGGGACUUAGUAAUUAAUGCAUUUUAUGGAGAUCCAUAUUUCUUUACGAGACAACAUAAAAGUGCGAUUAAAAGGUAUAUUUAGCUCUAUUGUGAGACCUAAUCUAUGUAGUUUUCAAUAGUCACAAAUGGCUAAUGGCAGUAAAUAUUAAUGAAAUGUAGUUCUUAGAGACAAACUCCUUAAGCGAGAUCAGGGAAUUAUCAGAAUCUUGUGGUUUUUCACCCAAAUCGCCCCAUUUUGUCGUCUCUGUCUCAUGAAGAGACGCUCUGAAACCCUGGAAGGGUUUGAAUGUAUAAAGAAAAAUUCUCAAAGGAUAAUUAGUGUCUAAUGUAGUAAUUUAUCAGGUGGUAACACAUAUUAAUCUGAAGGAAGACGCGACAAAAGACGUGCAGCUAAACAUAAACGAUAGCACAGGAGCAAAGAAGCAAGUAAGAGAGUUUGACACACUUUUUGUAAAGAGAACUUGUAGAAAUAUUUUAUCAUAAAUGAAAUAUACGCUGCGAUGCAAGAAAUUAAUAAA